GUGUGGAAUAGAGUCUCAACUCUUAAACGUCAGUUUUUUUUUUUAGGUUGUUGUUGUUGGGAAGUCUUUGCACAUAUCUCUCCAUCCAGAAGUUUGAAACAGUCUUCUCUGUUUACAUCUGAUAAAUUGUUCUCUCUUAUCCUCUGUCCCUCUCUCAUUGGGGGGGGUUGAGGGGUGUUUAUCCAAGUCUCUUGGGUACUACUGGGGUAAUUGCUUCUUCGUCAUAACUGAGGCAGUUCUAUUCUUAAAAAGGAAAUGGAAGGUAUAGCUGGACAAAGUGACAAAAGUGCUACAUGUAUAACAUGACGAACUUCUUAGUGCCCACCAUUACUUAUAAUUUCCAUAAAUCCAAGAAAGAAGUAUCAUCUUCCUCCUCCCCCCCCCCCCCCCUCACCCCCGCGGGUAACUUAGUAAUUAUUCUGAAUGUAUUUUUAUAUUUUUUCCUCAUACUACAUUCCUAAGCAAAGACUUUGUGGUUCAUUCCUUCUUCGCUAAGAUCAAAUAUUAAAACUAUGGACUGCCUCUAGCUAGCUUCUUCCCACUUUCCUUAUUCAAUACCUGGCUAGAUGGCAAGCUUAUUCAGAUCCCAAGGUCAAUAUCUCCCUCUCUUCCUCAACAUAUCCUUCCUUUUCCUCCUCUCCUUCUGCCUUACCGCCCAUCUCCACACACCCAAUUCUAAUUUUCUCACUCAUCAUUACAGAGGACCCAAAUCCAAUACCAUAGUCACCCCAGCCUCCAUCUCCGAUACUGAUUCUGGAUGCCAGGGACUUCACAAACACCACAAUAAUAAGGCCAAGUGUGCCUAUAUUAGAUCCCACAGUGGAUGCCAAUCCACAGGCUACAUAUCCUAUCUUCAAGUCUUCUAUUGUAGCUGCGGCCCCAUACUUGGCUACACCAUAUCCAUACUAUGGCUUAUACUGCUAUUCUACUUGCUGGGCAACACAGCUGCUGUCUACUUCUGUUCUUCACUGGAGGGCAUGUCAAGAGUCUUGAAACUUUCUCCUGCCCUUGCAGGGGUCACCCUCCUUUCCCUGGGCAAUGGUGCGCCGGACCUCUUCUCUAGUAUUGUCUCCUUCAUGGGCAACGACACCGAGGAAGUCGGCCUGAAUAGCAUUUUGGGAGGUGCAUUCUUUGUGUCCACAAUUGUUGUUGGAAUUAUAAGCAUUUGUGUCGACCAUCGCCAAGUAUCGGUCGAUAAGUCCAGCUUCAGAAGAGAUGUUCUCUUCUUCCUCUUCUCCCUCUCUUGCCUACUCGUAAUCAUCAUUCUUGGAAAGAUCAAUCUGUGGGGUGCCAUCGGUUUCCUUUCCUUGUAUUUCAUAUAUGUCUUCAUGGCUUCUGCCUCUGAUUUAUGCAGCAACCAGAGCAGAGGCAGCACUGGUGACAUUGUUUUGCCUAUAAGUAAGAACUUAAAUGGGCAUGAUCAUGAAGCACAAACAUCGCUUACUUUGGAAGCUCCUUUGUUGGGUUAUGCGCAAGAUGGGAAGCUCAUUUUAGUGGAAAGUGGAAAUCUUCGAGUUGGCGAAGGGAAACCGAGAACAUGGUGCUUCAAUCCUGAAUCUUCGACUGGGUACUUCCUCAGAAAAUGCUUGUUCCUUUUAGAGCUGCCACUUUACUUGCCAAGAAGGUUGACCAUACCAGUUGUUUCAGAUGAGGAAUGGUCCAAGCCGUUUGCAGUCAUGUCUGUCACCUUGGGUCCUCUUCUACUGGCUGUUCUUUCCAAUUCUUAUUUUCCAAAGUCAAGCAUGCUGAUUUACGCAAUUGGCAGUUCGGUUGGUGUUAUACUCGGGGUUCUUGCAUUUCUCACUACUGAAAGCCCCAACCCACCAAGGAGAUGGUUGUUCCCUUGGCUUGCAGCAGGGUUUCUAAUGAGUAUCACUUGGACAUAUAUUCUUGCUGAAGAAUUGAUUUCUCUGCUGGUUUCCUUGGGUCUGAUAUCAGGAAUAAGUCCUUCCAUACUAGGCCUGACUGUCCUUGCUUGGGGCAACUCUCUUGGGGACUUGGUUUCCAACAUCACAAUGGCUAAAACCGGUGGGUCUGAGGGAACCCAAGUGGCCAUUUCAGGUUGCUAUGCAGGGCCUCUGUUCAACACACUGGUUGGCUUGGGCUUGUCACUUGUUUUCUCAACUUGGUCUGUGUACCCAUCCUCUUAUGCCAUCCCUAGGGACCCCUACAUCUAUGUGACUAUGGGAUUUCUAAUGGGUGGCUUGCUUUUUGCAUUUAUCAUCUUGCCUAAGAAAAAUAUGAGGCUUGAUAGGUUCUUAGGAUUGGGACUGCUGGCCAUAUAUUUGUGCUUUCUGUCUCUGAGGAUAACUAGGGCGGCUUCAGGCAUGCUAUCGUUUCCUGAGUCCCCUACUUUCUUUAGACACUAAUGAAGAAGGGAUAGUUAUACAAGCACAUCUGAGGGCGAGCCUAAGUGUGUUACAUCCAAACUAGAAGGCCUGGGGUUCAAAUCUCAAGAACAGUCUCCUCAAACGUUUAAGGUAAGCCUGCGUAAUCAUGCUCUUCUUAGACCUCCAGCGACAAAGGAGCCUCGUGCACCAUAUGUUACACAAACUUAAUUAAGCACCUUAUUUUUAUGUGUAUAUGUAAAUUUCAGAUGCAGCUAGCCAUCUACUUGAUCCAAUGUUAAUGUUAAGGCAUUGUUGAGGCAUAUCACAAUUGAGGCAUUGUCUCUUAUUGUUGGUGUAGUUUCAUUGUCAGUUGACUUUUACAAGGCCUUUGGUUCAGGCAAAUUAUUAAAAAAAAAAAAAAAAUACAUGGAUUAUAUUAGAUUUCAA